AUGAGAGUAAUAGAUGGUGCCACAAUGAGAGGAGGAGGAGGAGGAGGAGGAGCGCGGGAGCCGGUCCCCGCCGGCGUCGCCAAGGCCGACCUGCUCCUCAAGCUGCUGCUGGCCAAAGAUCGGGACCACUUCCAGGACUUGCGGGUGGCGCUGGAGAAGACCCAGCCUCACCUGCUCUCCAUCCUCUACCUGAACAGCCGCGAGGCGCAGCCUGGCGAGUCGGCCGGAUCAACGUAUAGUGUUCUUUCUAUAAUGCCAUCGGAUUCCGAAAGCAGUAGUUCUCUCAGCAGUACUGGUACAACAAGUAAAGCAUCAUCACCCCCACCUGCAGUUGUGGAUGUGAGGCAAAUGAAUGAAAAAGUGGAGACCAUUUUGUUUCAGCUUCGCCAGGUGACCCGCGAGCGGGACGAGUUGCGAAAGCGUCUUGCCCUGUCCUCUCCUGGGUCAACGUUUGAUGACUGCAGGCCUAACCCCAAACCAAACCAUGAUUAUGAAAGACUGAAGAUACAGUGUAUGAAGGCAAUGUCAGAUCUACAGUCCCUACAGAACCAGCACACCAAAACACUAAAAAGAUGUGAAGAAGCUGCUAAGGAAGCUGAUUUCUAUCAUACAUUACACAGUCGUCUGCUGAGUGACCAGUCACAGCUGAAGGAAGACAUGGACACCUUGAAGCGGAAGAACAGCCAGUUUGUACGAGAGCACAAUCACCUCCAGCAGUUGUGUGAGGAAAUGAAGAGACUUCAUGAGGAGGAUCAGAAGGAAAUAACAAACUUGCGCAGCCAACAACAGCAGGUUAUGAAGCAGAAUGGGUCAUCAGAGAUCUUGAAUAAACUCUACGAUACAGCGAUGGAUAAAUUAGAAGUUGUGAAGAAGGAUUAUGAUGCACUAAGAAAGCGGUACAAUGAAAAGAUAGCAAGCCACAAUACUGAUCUGAGCCGGUUAGAACAGACCGAAGAAGAAAACAAACGUCUCCAGAAACAGAUGGACAUGCUGAUGAAACAGCGGGACACAGCAGUCCAUUUCCAGCAGCAAUGUUCCACUUCUCUGAGAAGAUUUGAAACCGUGCAACAAGAACUGAGCAAAGCCACUGCCCAGAACAAGGAGCUUCAGAGAGAGAUGGAACGGUUGCAGUCAGAAGCAACAAGGUAUAAAACAGUGCAGCUCAAGGCAGCAAAGGAUGCAGAGAAGUACAAGGAGGAACGGGACUCUGUUUUCAGUGAAUAUCGUCUCAUCAUGAGCGAGAGGGAUCAAGUUAUCAAAGAAGUAGAUAAACUUCAAACAGAGCUGGAGCUUGCAGAAUCCAAAUUGAAAAAUACAUCUUCAGAGAAGAGAGUGGCUAGUGAGGAAAUGGAAGCAUUGAGACAGGAGCUGAAUUCUGCUCUAGUGGAACGAGACCAAGCAAUCUGUGAAAGGAAUGAGCUUUUGGAAAAGUACUGCCAUGAAGUGAAAGACAAGGCUGAGGCCCAGAAGGAACUGGACCAGGCAUGUAAGGAUAUUGAGACAGUGAAGGAAGAGAGAGAUGUAGCCAGAAAGGAGAGAACUGAAGCCAUUAUCCAGAGAGACCACCUGUUAAGAGAAUACUAUCAAGCUCGCCAGAUACAAGAUUCAGCUACACUGGAUAUAGAAAGAGCAAACAAAGAAAUAGAAAUGCUCCGGAAGCAAUAUGAAGCCAUGUCGCAAGAGUUAAAAGAAGCAAUGCAAGAGGCAGAAGUAGCCAAAUGCAGGCGAGAUUGGGCUUUCCAGGAACGGGAUAAGAUUGUUGCAGAACGAGAGAGCAUACGAACUUUGUGCGAUAACCUGAGGAGGGAGAGAGACCGAGCUGUGAGUGACUUGGCAGAAGCUCUUCGUAAUCUGGAUGACAUGAGGAAGCAAAAGAACGAUGCUGGGCGUGAAUUAAAAGAACUGAAAGAGAAGAUGGAGAAUCAGUUGGAAAAAGAGGCAAGGUUUCGGCAGUUGAUGGCUCAUAGUUCCCAUGAUUCAGCUAUUGAUACAGAUUCAAUGGAGUGGGAAACAGAAGUAGUAGAGUUUGAGAAAGACAGGGAAGACAUGGAUUUGAAGGCUCUUGGUUUUGAUGUGGCUGAAGGAGUGAAUGAACCUUACCUUCCGGGAGACUCUGGAAUUUUUGUUACCAAAGUAGAUAAAGGAAGUAUUGCAGAUGGUCGAUUAAGGGUGAAUGAUUGGCUUCUGAAGAUAAAUGACGUGGAUCUUACCAACAAAGACAAAAAGCAAGUAAUAAAAGCAGUACUUAAUGGUGGAGGAGUUAUUAAUAUGGUGGUUCGUAGAAGAAAGUCCUUAGGAGGGAAGGUGGUAACACCCCUGCACAUCAAUCUUUCAGGCCAUAAAGAUAGUGGAAUUGGUCUAGAAAAUGGAAUCUUUGUUGCUACAGUAAUGACUGGUAGUCCAGCUGCCAAGGAUGGAUCCCUCACUGUGGGAGAUAGAAUAAUUGCUAUAAACGGCAUUGCACUAGAUAAUAAAUCACUGACUGAAUGUGAAGCUCUGCUGCGAAACUGCAGGGAGUCUCUUACACUUUCACUGAUGAAGGUUUAUCCUCAGAGCUCAAGUUCAUCUUGGAGUGGUCAAAACAUAUUUGAAAACCUUAAGGAUUCAGAGAAGAUAUCAAAUUGCAGGGUUCAUGCAUCAGAAGUACAGGUUCAAAAUAAAAGAAACUUAAAGCACAACAGUUCAACCCAAACAGAUAUUUUCAGCCCCGACAUAAUGGAUGUCAAGAAGGACCAGAGUGAUCAAGAGAAUGGUUUGUACUGCAGUCUGAAACCAUUCCCCAACAGCGUUUUACAUACUGACUCCCACCGGAACCCAGUCCAUGGGUGCCACAGUAAUUCAGAACACAGCCUUGGAUCCUUUGGUCCAGAUGGGUAUGGAGAGCCAGGUUAUGGUUUAGUUAACCUGGACAACCAGAGGCUUUCGUUUGAGCCCACAGUUGCAGAUUGCAUUGUGCUUGAGAGUGCGUUAGACAAAGGACCAGGUGGAAAACACAGUGGUGGCACUUGGCCUAAAGUCGUGGUCAACAUUGCUCCAGCAGAAACAGAAAAAUUCUCUGUGUACAAAAAGCCCAAACAAAGGAAAUCCAUCUUUGAUCCUGACACUUUCAAAAGACCUCUGACUCCUCCCAAAAUGGAUUAUCUGUCUCCCAAUCAGAUGUUGGGACUUUCACCCCAGCCUUCCAAAACAGAAGCCAUUUCCACUCCUCCUACACCUCCGACAAGAAGUGAUUCUAUUAAAUUUAAGCACAAGCAGCAGGCCAGUUCUGCAUCGGAGUCUACUGUCACAACGGGCUCACCACCUCCUAGUCCAGCUACAGUCCAGCCCCCUCUAUCCAUUGAACUGAAGCCAGAUUCUUGUGUUCUCAAGGGGCGAGGUAGACCCUCAGGACAUUAUUACAGGGAAGAGGGGGUAGACACUGCACAUUUGCCUUCAAGAAAAUCCUGUGAAGAUGACAUUGGCUUUCAAAGAGUGGAAGAGCCUGAAAUUAAAAGACCAAGGCCCAAAUCUGCUCCUGCCUUCAGACAUAAACUAACCCCCGUACCCAUCCCUAAUCCAUCUCAGCAGGUACAGAAAUACACUCCAGCAAGCGAAGAGCUGCUUUCGCCUGAGCUACAGGAAUGGCCGACGUAUUCACCCAAACGGGCCAGUCGGCACAGUGAUGGGUUUGUGUCUGCCUCUUUAUACUCCGGAAGCCUGUCAGGAGGAACAGUCCCAAGAAACAUUGCGCCAUGUUCUGCCGUGACAGCUGUGAUGAGAAAUCCUAUCUACACAGCAUGGAGCCAUAGAAUUAAUGCCACCAAUUGCUCAUCUGCUGCCAAUCAAUAUUGCCACCAACACCUGCAUCCCAGUGCUCAACAUCAAGGUCAUCUGAGUUUGGACCUGAGUCAUAAGCACUCCAGCGAGUGUUCUGAAAAUACACGCUCAAGAUCAUCACAUGGCUCAAAUUCACUGCCUUCUAGUGCAAGACUGGGUUCCUCCAGCAAUUUACAGUAUAGAACAGAACGAAUAAAAAUACCUUUGACACCAAGAUACCCAAGGUCCAUCAUUGGCUCUGACAGGGGCUCAUUGUCUCAUUCCGAAUGUAGCAGUCCCAGCCUGGUAACACCUCCCCAGUCACCGCUUAACCUGGAAACCUCAUCUUUUGCCAGCAGCCAAUCACAAAAUUCUCUUUCCACCUUGCCCAGGAUUUCAGUGAGCCCAGUGUCAAUAGGACAACGUCGAAAAGACAAACCAUAUAUGGAAGAACCACGUCAUGUCAAAGUGCAAAAGGGCGCGGAGCCCCUGGGGAUCUCCAUCGUGUGUGGUGAAAAUGGUGGAAUAUUUGUGUCAAAAGUAACAGGUGGCAGCAUUGCACAUCAGGCCGGCCUUGAAUAUGGGGAUCAAUUGUUAGAGUUUAACGGAAUCAACUUGCGGAAUGCUACAGAACAACAAGCUCGGCUGAUCAUGGGGCAGCAGUGUGAUACCAUAACUAUUCUGGCACAGUACAACCCCCACAUGUUCCAGCUGGGCAAUCAUUCACGAUCAAGCUCCCGUCUGGAACCUGUGAGUACUCAUUCCACUCCACAAGGCAGUGGAACUCCAACCCCUGACAGCCAUUCCAUAAUUGAUACUGUGAGUGAACAAGAUGAAGGGACCAUGACUCCUCCAUCCAAGGAGACCACUCCAACCACCAGUCCCCGCAAUUCAGUUAGGAGUUCUGCUGACAUGAUUAAAAGGACACCCGAACCUAGAACAGUUAAUAUCAAGAAAUCCCAAGUGGAGCUUGGAAUCCAAAUUGGUGGUGGAAACAUGUAUGGAAUAUUUGUCUCUGAUCUAGAAGAUGAGAGCCCAGCAAAAGGACCUGAAGGCCUAAUGCCAGGAGAUCUAAUACUGGAGUAUGGAUCUGUUGACAUGCAAAAUAAAACAGCAGAGGAAGCUUACCUUGAAAUGCUCAAACCAGGUGAAAACAUUAGAAUAAAAGCUCAGUACAGAAUCGAAGAAUUCAACAAGAUCAAAGAUUUACCUGGAGAUGGUUUCUUCGUCAGGGCCCUCUAUGACCGACUAGCAGAGGUUGAGCAGGACUUAAGCUUCAAAAAAGAUGACAUUUUGUAUGUCGAUGACACUCUGCCACAAGGGAACUUUGGCUGUUGGAUGGCAUGGCAGCUGGAUGAAAAUGCCCAGAAGCUGGAAAGAGGACAGAUUCCCAGCAAAUACAUGAUGGAGCAGGAAUUCUACAGGAGGCACAGCAUGUCAGAGGCCAAAGAUGAGAACAGUUCCUCAAAGACAUCAUCAGCUGCAGCUCGCAGAUCCUUCUUCAGGAGGAAACACAAACACAAACGUAGUGGGUCCAAAGAUGGAAAAGAUUUGCUGGCCCUUGACACCAUCAGCACGGACUCCUUCCCUCUCUUGGAUGAUGCUGUAAGCCUGGCUUAUCAACGAGUCCAAAAGGUAGACUGCACAUCUCCUAGACCAGUGCUUAUCCUGGGACCAUUACCUGAUGCUGUGAAAGAUAUGUUGGUUAAAGAAUCACCAGGAAAAUUUUGUAGGUGUCCUCUUGAGGUGAUGAAAGCUUCUCAACAAGCCAUUGAGCGGGGUGUGAAAGACUGCCUAUUCAUAGAUUAUAAACGUAGGAGUGGACAUUUUGAUGUGACAACUGUUGCCUCAAUAAAAGAGAUAACCGAGAAGGACUGUCACUGUCUCUUGGACAUCGCACCUCAUGCCAUUGAGCGACUGCACAGCAUUCACAUCUACCCAAUAGUCAUCUUUGUUCGCUACAAAAAUGCCAAGCAAAUCAAAGAGCAAAAAGAUCCUGUCUUCUUGAAAGACAAGGUGACGCAAAAACAUUCCAAAGAACAAUUUGAGACUGCUCAGAAGAUAGAACAGGAAUAUAGCAAGUAUUUCACAGGUGUUGUCCAAGGAGGACCUCUUUCAAUCAUUUGCACUCAAAUCAUGACAACAGUGGAUCAAGAACAGAGCAAAGUCUUGUGGAUUCCUGCUGGCCCUCAAUAGAUCUAUGCUGUGAAAAUACUGUAACUGCAACAGAUUGUACAUAAACAGCUGAUUGGGGGUGUCCAUUUAUAGUUGCCUAUAUGGUAGGUACAAAAGCGUCAUGAGCAACAUUAUCUGUGAAGCGUGUUUGGAAGACACUAAUUCAUUGCUGGCAGCAGAAUUCUUACAUAUUUGUCUCAGUACAGAUGAGCAAAUCCAGGAUUUCUUUUUUUCAGAAGAAGACUUUGUGAUGCUGCAAGAAAAAGAAAAAAAGAAACCCUUUAGAUUACGUUUACAAAACCUUUGCCCUGCUCCCCAAGAAUUUUGGGUUUGUGUUUACUUGAAUUUUUUUUUUUAAAAAAACAAGCAAUCGUUUUUGGGUUCUCCUCUGCUAACCCCCCCAGCUACCCCCACAAGAAUGGUGUGAGAACUUUUUCAUGAAGUGUGGGUCUGUCCUUCAGGAGCAGCCAUUUUAUGUCAGGAUUACAUGCAUGGAUUUUGAUGAAUGGGCUUCCCCACAGGUACUUCACGGGGAAGAAACCCUUCUCCAUGGGCCAGGCCACUGUGUGUAUGUCAAACGUUCUUUGUCCAAAGUUACUGGUUUCUUUUAUGCAUGAAUUUUGAUAUUUAAACAUCAUGAUGUACCCAAUGUGCUCCUUGUCUCUUAAUCAUUGGGGGUUUGGGGCGCUGUAUUAAACAGUAAAUCAGAAGGGGUAAUAAGUUAGGCCUAGACUGUUUAUGUUACCAUGUGUAGAUAGUUUACGCAACAGGAUGCUGACAUUGUUCUUUGGAGUGAAAUAGCCAUAGGGAUUUUUAUUUAAUUAGAAGCACAGUUCAGUUUUAGGGAUCUGACAGCUUCUAGCGUGGUCUAUAACUGUUAGUUUUACCACUGUCGGAAAAAAAAUGUGUAUGCUUUUGUUUUUUAAUUUGUUAGAAUUUGUAUUUCCUGCCUGUAUCAACUUCUACUGUAUAUUGCUUUUUCCCUUUCCUUUCUUUUUUCGCUUCAAACUUUCUUUUCCAACCAUAAUUUUAUUAUAUUUUCCUUCAUAGAAUAAUUGCAUGUUUUACCUUGAUUGCUAAAGUUUUGUUUAGAGUUGCAUUUGUG